CCAAAGAGACCCACUUGGACUUAUGAUAUGACAAAAGAAGAGGUUGAAAAACAAGAAAUUGAGAGUUUUAAUAAUUGGGUCAGAGCUGUGGAAGAUACCUAUGGUGGAGAACAAUUGAGUUGGUUUGAACGUAAUCUGGAAGUAUGGCGUCAAUUGUGGAGAGUUCUAGAGAUCAGUGAUGUCAUUUUAAUUGUGAUGGAUAUUCGAAAUCCCAUGUUACAUUUUCCUCGCUCGUUGUACAAAUAUGUGACACAUAAAUUGAAGCGAAAGAUUAUUGGUAUUUUUAACAAGGUGGAUCUUGUUUCUGAAUUUACAGUAUUUGCUUGGAGAAAGUAUUUU